AGAAGAUGAUCAUGUGGCGCUCCAGGAGCAGUUCAUGGGCUAUGGAUAAGUGCCUUGCGCACUGGUCUGGAUAUGCGAUUUUGCUUGAUUGAUUUCAUACAAAUGUACAUAUUCAUGGUUUUACAAACAAGUAUCAUUAGUCCAACGUCAGAUCGCCGACUCAUUUGCCUAUUCCUUUUUGUACCUUAUGGUAUGCCGUAGUUAAGGGCGCUCAAACUCUUGUGGAAGUUUUUUUUGUUGUUGAAAAUUUUAGGACAAUUUCACAAGGACAUCAGUUACAACCGUUACCAUGGAGGAGGUGACGCGCCUGGUAUCCUCAGGUGACUGUGUGAAGAUCUGGGACUCAGCCUCCAUGACAGUGUUGGAACAGUUCAACCCACACAGUGCUACACACCCUGUGGCCCAAGUGUGCUGGAGCAGCAACAAUCAGUAUCUUGUAAGCGCCAGCAGUAUAGGAGACAAGCUGGUGGUAUCCAGUCUCAAGUCCUCUCCUAUCCCAGUGGUGGAACUUGCAGAGGGGAAAAUGCAGACCCGCGUGAGUCUGAACUCGACGUCCCAGUACUUAGUGAGCGGGGGCCUUGAUAACUCCGUCAACAUCUGGGAUCUGAAGGCCAAGAGGCUUCAUCGUACCCUCAAGGACCACAAUGAAGAGGUGACGUGUGUGUCCUUUAAUGGCAGUGACAGCUACAUCGCAUCAGGCUCCACCAGUGGUGACAUCAUCCUGCACAGCAUCACCACCAACCUGUCUAGUAAGGCCUUUGGACACGGCACCAACCAGCCCAUCCACGACCUGAAGUACUCUGUGGUGAAGCGCUCCCUGCUGGGCAGUGUGUCAGAUAGUGGCUCUGUAGUCCUGUGGGACGCCAACACUCAGAAAGAGCUGCACGUAUUUGAUGGAGCCCACAAGGCCCCCGCCUCGGGCCUGGCCUUCUCCCCAGCCAAUGACCUGCUCUUUGUCACCGUGGGCCUGGACAAGAAGAUCAUCUGCUACGACACCUCCAGCAAGAUUGUUCUCCGCAGCAUGCGUGUGGAGUCCCCAUUGACCGCCAUUGACUUCACUCCAGACGGGGCAGGCCUGGUGGUGGGCUCCACCCAGGGCAGACUGUACCUGUACGACCUGCGCAACCUCAGCGCUCCCACCAAGACUGCCACUGCACACAAGACCUCCAUCACCAGCCUGCGCUUCCAGAGCUCCCAGAGCAGACACCUCAAGUCCAGUAAAAUGGCAUCCAGCAAGUCUUCCAGCGCUCACACAAGCAAGAGGAUCUCAGCCAGGCUGGGUAAUACCUACUUACCAGCAGCCACCCACAGCUCCACCUCUACACCCCCCUCUAGCCUGCUUGCACCCCACACGGUAGAUGGAGGGGAUGGACAGGCACAGGGCACAGACCAGGGGUACCCUGAGCCUGGAGGUCCAGAGAGCUGGUUGUCAUUGUGUGUGUGUGUAGGCUCCAGUGUGGAAGUGGUCUCCAGAGAGGCUGAGGGCCAGCCGGGUGCUGACCGCCUGCCCAGUAUGGACAAGUUCAGUAGCGUGGGUAGAAACAGCCUGGACAUCUUCUCCCCCGUAAGAGACGAUUACAAAGCCCAUGGUAUGGGUGAUGAUGCUCCUGGUGGAAUCAAAGGGAAUGGGACCAGUUUGGAUAUGUUCUCCAGAGAAGGAGAAGGGCAAAACAGCACGGAGAAGUUCAGCAAAGUGGGACGCAACAGUCUGGACAUUUUCUCUCCAGUCAGAGAGGAUUACAAAUCCCAUGGAAUGACUGCAGAUGUAACAGGUGGGAAGAAAGGAAACAAUCUGGACUUCCUCCCUUCCUACUCUGGUGGACCCCCACACCGUAAGACUCCACUGGGCACACCUGGAGGAGGGCGCUGUUACAGCCCCCUGUCUGUCUUCCAGACCCCUCAACCAAUCAAAGAGGAGGAAGCCGAGCCUCCAGCGCAGACAGACACACGGGACUUGAAAAGGUAUGAGAAGGGUGGUGGUUCCAGUCUGGAGGGUGAAGGCCCCACCCCACACAGCCGACCAGCACAGCUGUUCUUCACCCCUGAACCCAGCCUGAGGGCCAAUGACAUGCAGGCCCAACUGUGCUACAACAAACCCCUCAAUGGUGGUCCGCCCACUACUGCACCAGCAGGCCCUGCAGUUUCUUCAGUGGUAGCAUCCUCUGUAUCAGAGAGAAUAGUGGAGGCUGUUGGAGCAGAGGGUGGAGGCGCUCCCCUCACAUCACUGCAGAUUCAGUUCAUCCGCAACAUGAUCCACGAGACCCUGGAAGACUUCAGGGACGCCUGCCACCGAGACAUAGUGAACCUCCAGGUGGAGAUGGUCAAACAGUUCUACAUUCAGCUGAACGAGAUCCAUGGUCUGAUCGAGAAGUACUCGGUCAACGACACGCUGGUGGAGGAGAUCGAGAAGCUGAGGGAGGAGAACAAACGACUCCGAGCCAAUUACUGAGAGGUUGACUUGGACUUACCACCUCAUCACCCCUAGAAACAGUUGUCCCUUCAACUCAGACAGAAUGUAUUCCACAACGCAUUGGGUCUCUGUGGGACAAUGACUUUUUUUUGUGUCCUGGUUUAACCCCCUUCCAUCUUUGGAAUGAAUUUACUCCUCAGUGCCUUACUGGUAGUUAAAGGGUUGCCCAGUAUGUUCUAUGCAAAGUGUGCUAUCAGUCACAUAAAUCAUCUGUGACCAUGGUUAUCAGUGCUGGACAAUUUUAGCCCAAUUCGAAACCGUUCUCUCCCCUCGCAUAAAGAGAGGUCAACAAGGACAGGAAGAUGCAUUGCUUAAAUACAGAGUAUACCAAACGUUAGGAACAGCUUCCUAAUAUUGAGUUGCAAUAUUUAACAAGUCACAUCAGUAAGGAAUCACAGCUUUCACUUGGUCAGUCUGUCAUGGAGGGAUGUUCUUAAUGUUUUGUGUACAUCUCUUCAGCAUAGUAUGGUUGAAGUUGAUAGUAUCUUUGGCUUUUACUGGCACACUGAAACAGAAUGAGGGCAUGCCUUUGACCAAUCAUGAUACUGUCUUUGGACUAGGCAAGAAAAUAACAUUGGUCAUCAAUUUCUAAUAGUAAGCAAAGUGGUGCCAAGCUCCCUCUGAAGUGUGCUUGCGCUGCCAAGUUUGCCCAUCAGUUAUUUGUUUCUUUUGUUAUUGUUGUUUUGUGAAGAGGAAUAUAAAUAGUAGAUGUGUACAAUUAUGUUAAUGUAAUUCAUUCCAGUUUCAAGGUGACUGUUCAGUUUGCACCAUGGAUGGUUCUAUAGAGACAGCAUGUUAAAAUGAUUUAAUUUAACAAUGAAAUACAGCUGCAACAAUGGCAAAAUAGAAAUUCAGAGACAAAGUACUACGAUGUAAACAUCUCUCCUAUAUAUUGAUAAAAACUAACAUCUGA